ACUGGACAGAUAGGGUUCUUACUCUGUCUGUGUCACAGCAGGGGAUCAGAAGCCUGGCACAUCUGCUAAGGUCUAGUGUAGCCCAGUCUGACAUUAAACUAUGUAGCUGAGGGUGAUCUUGAACUUCUGACCUUUCUGACUCUGUUUCUCCAAGAUUGGGAUGCCACAUGUGAGGGACGCUUUAUGCCUGCUAGGCAAGCACUCUUCCUAAGGCAUCUCCAGCCUCUGGAUUAGUAUGUAAGGAGCCCAUGGGAUGCUCUUCUAGAAGCCUAGGCUUGUGUGCCUCCCCCUGGCUGUCUAACCCCAUCUGGCAUCUACACAGCCUGAAAUUGUAUCAGUUCUCAGGCCCUCUCCAGCCCCUUUUCAGAUACAAAACCACCUACCAUCUCUUUUUCCUCCCCACUGACCUUCCCCUUCCAUUCUGGGUUCCUUCAUCCUAGCUAUCAGGCUGGCUGUAUUAGGGGAUCCCUUUAGUCCCAGCAUUCAGGAUUUGGAGACCGGGAUUUCUGUGAGUUCAAGGCCAGCCUGAUCUACAGAGGGGGCUUGGGGACAGCCAGGUCUACACAGAGGAACACACACAUGAAGAAAACAAAAAAGACAGAUGGGCCAGGAGAGAUGUCUCAGCAGCUAUUCCAGAGGGCCAGAGUCCAGUCAGGUCCCAUUAAGUGACCAGUACAACUCCGGCACCAGAGGACCUGAUAUUCUUCUGGAUGCCACUGACACCCCCAUACUUAUGUGCCCAGACACAUAUAUGUAUAAUUUUAAAGUUGAAUAGACUUUCUUAAGCCAGCAUAUCUAAGCAUCUUUCUUAUGUUCAUUUCUAGUUCUCUGAGUUGUUCCUGUCACUGUCCCAAGGCCCUGCAUGCUAGGGAUUAUUGUUACUACAGCUGCCACUGUUGUUUCUUAGGGCUCUGCACCGCUCCCCACCCCCAUCAUUCCAAUCUACACAGUUCCCAAGUUUGUGCUGGGCACUGAGGCAGGAAGUGAGGUCCAUGUAGUUCCUGCCCUGGUGGCACUCCCAAUUCAGGAGGUUUGAUGUAAUAAACCAAUACAUGAGCAAGACAAUCUCUGCUCAUGCCAAGGGUGAUGGGAGUAAAAGUCAUGUGAUCCAGUGUGUUGGAGGAAGUGCAUAGAGUCCUGAAAGGUGGUACAAAGGAUCAAGUUUCUUUACUUGAGAGACAGUUAAUGGGAACUUCAUGUCUAAAAAGACCCGAGAAACACGAUUUAAGCUACCUGACUCCACAGCCAGUCCCAGAGACGUACGUCCUCGGUUCGGAAGGAAAUUGAAUGAAGAAUCAUUUCUCCAGCACCCCAACCAAAGUCCAGAGACCCCGCCCAGCCAGAACCAGAGUUCAGAGGAUACUACAUCCUCGGAGGUUGGACCCAAGGGCAAAGACCAGCGUCCCCCUCGCCAAUUGAGUGCAAAGCGUGCAACCGCGAAAAGGCCUUUUCUCCAGUACCUCAGCCAUCGGCCGGAGGCUCAGUCUGGCCAGGAUCAGGGUUCAGAGGAUCCUGCAUCCUCGGAGGAGGGACUCGCAGGCAAAGGCCAGCGUCCCCCUCAAAGAUUGAGUCCAACGAGUGCAACCGUGACAAGAAGGCGUUUCCCCCGACACCUCAACCAACGCCAGGGAGCUCAGAACGUCCAGGACCAGAGUUCAGAGGAUGCUGCAUCCUUGGAGGUGGGACACGCAGGCAAAGGCAAGCGCCCCUCUCGAAGAUUGGGCACAACGGUGACAGGAGCGUCGCGAUUGGUCGUUCGCAAUGCAGAGGCGGGGCCUGAUUCCUGCAACUGGGCCUCGGAGGCACCACCAAAGCAAGAGAAGCUGCACCUGGGAGCGAUGGCCACACCAAGCCUUGGGUCGCACGAGAUCCUACCCCACUCCCUGGAGGUUGGAAACAGGUCCAUUUCCUCUGGCAGCCGCCGUGGCCUACUUUGGCACCUCCGAGCCAAGCAGUCUAGAGUUGGCCUGUUUGAGAUCGGUCCAGAACAUGAACUGCAUAAAAUGACACAGAUGAUGCAGGAAGGACUGUGGGCUGCCACCCAGGUCUCCAUGAACAACCCACCCACGGGACCUCCUACCCAGAAGGAUUACCUGGAAGUCAUGACCCAAGUUCACCAAGAGGGCUUCGAGCUGGGCACCCUGGCUGGCCCAGCUUUUGCACGGCUGAGGCAAUCCAUUGGCCUGACUGAAGAGGACUACCAGGCUACUCUUGGCCCUGGUGACCCCUACCUUCAAUUCUUCAGCACCUCCAAGAGCAAGGCCAGCUUCUUUCUGACCCACGACCAGCGCUUCUUUGUGAAGACCCAACGGCGCCAGGAAGUGCAAGUGCUGCUCGCCAACCUGCCCCGCUACGUGCAGCACCUACAACAGCACCCACAUUCCCUGCUGGCACGGUUGCUGGGCGUGUACAGUCUGCGUGUGGCUCGGGGGAAAAAGAAGUACUUCAUCAUCAUGCAGUGCAUCUUCUACCCUACCAGCCGGAUCUCUGAGAGGUAUGACAUCAAGGGCUGUGAGGUAAGCCGCUGGGUGGAUCCAGCCCCUGAGGGCAGCCCCCUUGUCUUGGUGCUGAAGGACCUCAACUUUCAAGAAAGGACCAUAAAACUGGGAGCCCAGCGGAGCUGGUUCAUCCGGCAGAUGGAGCUAGACACCGCCUUCCUGCAGGAGCUGAAUAUUCUGGAUUACAGCCUCCUGGUGGCCAUCCAGUUUCUCCACAAGGACGAGAAGGAUGGUUACCACAGCCUUUUCAGCACACUCAGGUCCUUACAAGGUGCAUCGAAGUCGGAGGGAACGGGGGGCCAGAACUGCCGGAUGCUGCCCAACCUCCCCAAUGCCCUCCAUAUCUUGGAUGGGCCAGACCAACGCUAUUUUCUGGGCUUGGUGGAUCUGACUACCGUGUAUGGGUUUCGUAAACGGCUGGAACAUCUGUGGAAGAUGAUACGCUAUCCAGGCCAGAGCAUCUCCACUGUCAGCCCGGCUCACUACGCCCGUCGCCUCUGUCGAUGGGUGCAGGCGCACUCUGAGUGACUCUCACCUGUCUGCCUUCUUCCAGUCUGGACAAUGCGCCCACAACAAUUCUCCAGCUGUGCCCAAGGAGCUAGCCUAUAGUUCAUCGUACCGGCCACGAGAGGGCAGCACGCUCAUAACUAAUGCUGUGAAGACUAAGCUCCCAUUCGGUGACGGUGCUGUACCCUGCAUAGAGCAAAGACCCUGACCCCCUACCCUUAGCUCAUUUAUUAUUAAAAAAUGUUGAUAUUCUCUUUUUACAGACCACGAAAUGGAGGUUCACGAGAUGAAGGGGGUGAGCAAGACCACUCAGCAAUAAAUGCUGGAACCAGCCUA